UCCAACUCCAAGAAAUUGGGGGUGGUUUGUGUUGGGUCAGCCUGUGAUUGGACUGCAAAGUCCACCAGGGAGGAGGAAAGCAGAAAACGCAAAGAGCCAAGGAAAGGGGGGAAGCCCUCCCCACCCUCACCCCCACCCCAAUGCACAUUCACCCAGGCCUGCAAGAGGGUGCAGCCACUAGCCUGGAGAGGAUCAGCGUGUGUGAAGGGUGAUGGUAACAGAUGGACCCAAGGACCUCUCUAGCCCAAGUCGACCUGCAAGGCCUCCAGGGACGGGCUUGCCAACAGCUGGACUUGAUCACCGGCUUGCAAAGUGAGAUCACGCAUCUGGUGGAAAAACAAGCAGGCUUUGCUCCCUGGCUGUUUUUAGAGGAUUUUCCCAGCAGUGGAUAGAAAGCAGGAGACCACCACCUGGACCCUUGAGUUUUCUUAGAGAGCACAGCUUAGGAGAUUCCACCCCUGGGUGGUUUGCAGGACAAUGAUGGCCCUUCGGCGAGCUUCUGCUUUCCUGGUUCUGUUCCUGGCAGCUCUUCUGCCCCCACCACAGUGUGCCCAGGACCCGGCCAUGGUGCACUACAUCUACCAACGCUUUCAAGUCUUGGAGCAAGGACUGGAAAAAUGCACCCAAGCCACGAGGGCAUACAUUCAAGACUUCCGAGAGUUCUCGAAAAACAUAUCCGCUAUGCUGGGAAGAUGUCAGACCUACACGAGUGAGUAUAAGAGUGCAGUGACUAACCUGGUCCUGAGAGUCGAACGUGCCCAACGGGAGAUCGACUACCUAGAGUACCUGAGAGAAGCUGAUGUGUGUGUGGAAUCAGAGGACAAGACCCUGACCGAAAAGCUCAUCCAAGAGGCCGAAGAGGAGAAGAAGAUCCGGAAUCUGCUGAAUGCAAGCUGUGACAACAUGUUGAUGGGCAUUAAGUCUCUGAAAAUAGUGAAGAAGACUACGGACACACAUGGCUCUUGGAUGAAAGAUGCUGCCAGCAAUUCCCAAAAGGUUUAUUUUUUAAUUGGAUCCAGAAACAAAACCGUGUGGGAAUUUGCAAACAUACGGGCAUUCAUGGAGGAUAGCACCAAGCCAGCCCCGAGGAAGCUAAUCCUAACACAUUCCUGGCAGGGAACAGGCCAAGUGAUCCACAAAGGUUUUCUGUUUUUUCACAACCAAGGGACUCUCAACGAGAUCAUCAAAUAUAAUCUGCAGAAGAGAACUGUGGAAGAUAGAAUGCUGCUCCCAGGAGGGGCAGGCCGAGGACUGGUCUACCAGCACUCCCCAUCAACGUACAUAGACCUGGCUGUGGAUGAGCAUGGGCUCUGGGCCAUCCACUCAGGGCCAGGCAUCUAUGGCCAUUUGGUUCUCACAAAAAUUGAACCUGGCACACUGGGAGUGGAACACUCAUGGGACACUCCAUGCAGAAGCCAGGAUGCUGAAGCCUCCUUCCUUUUGUGUGGGGUUCUGUAUGUGGUCUAUAGUCCUGGUGGCCACGGCCCUCACCGCAUCACCUGUGUCUACGAUCCCCUGGGCACUAUUGGUGAGGAGGAUCUGCCCAAACUGUUCUUCCCCAGGCGGCCGAGAAGUCACUCCAUGAUCCAUUACAACCCCAGAGAUAAGCAGCUCUAUGCCUGGAAUGAUGGAAACCAGAUCAUUUACAAACUCCAGACAAAGAGAAAGCAGCCUCUGGAGUAAUGCAGGACAGCACGGAGAGAGAGCAGUAAGGCUGUGGACGCUGCUCUCCGGGACACUGAGGCCACAGCCCCUUUGCAAUACAGUAUCCCCUGAUCACAUUCAGGGAGAGAGGCUAGAAGUGGGCUCCCAUAUGCAUCCUUCCCUGGAUAUUAAGCCUGAGUUAUCUUCCAAGAGCUUAGAUGGUCUGUUGUUCAGAAAUUUUCAACUUCCAACACCCAUCCAAAUCUCCCAGCUCUCAAGGCCGUCCACAUGCUGAUCUAGCUUACGUCCAGCCUUUUCUUACUACCCCCAACAGUUAGCCAAAAUGUACCCCGCCUCCUAAUAUUCCUGGCCCCUGGCCUUUCCUGAAGCUCUUUCCUCCUGCACAAGUGCCGAUUGCUAUUCUUCCAUUUUUUACUGCCCAACUAAAGUAUCACUUCCUAUUGAUGUUUAAUCUCCAUGUCCCCCAGUUCUGCUCCUUCACCAAGCUGAGGAGGAGAUAUGAGGAAAGUAAAGCCACUCACAUUUGAAUACCCCUUGCCAGUUACAAAGUGCUCCUCUGUACAUCAUCUAAUGCCACCCUCUGAGACAUUUGGAAGAAGUCUUUAUAAUUGCCAUUUUAGAGAUGACAAGUUUAGGUGAGCCAUUCAGAAUAAUGACGCUUCCAAAUGAAAAUAAGGCUAGAAAAUUCUGCAGGUCCUGGUCUUUCUGUUGCCCAAGAAAGCAUCGAAUACGUAUGUUUGUUCACUCAGCCUUAUGUUCAGCAUCUCAUCCUAAAAAAUAAUGGUCUGCCCCCUGUAGCCUGUUUUCAUGUCUGCACAAGACCUUCCUGUAAGCCCUUCAAAAGCUACUUCCUCCAGAAAACCAGCCUACAGCCUAAGGGUGAGGAUCCCACCUGUAGCUUCAUCCUGUCUUACCCUCCCCUGUGUCUGUCUGCUUGCUGGAAACACAAUAAAACUGACACUAAGCAAA